AUGACAGACACCGAAUUUUUACAACCCACCCUAUGUCAACGAGUAUGCUGCUGCUUCAGCUCAUCCACAUCAAAAGAGCCACCAGUAAAACUUAUAAGAUCAGGAACACUGCAAACAGUAGCGCCGAAAACAAAUGGGCAACAUAUUUCCGCCGCUGAAAAUACGAUUGAUGGGUUUGAAGAUGUGAAUUUAGAAGUGCGAACUGCAGCUGACAGCUCGAUUCCGCGAGUGCUAGUGGAAAAAGAAUCGAACGCCUUCAAUAUGAAUGACAUUAUGAUGGAAGAAGUGCUUCGAGAAGAGAAACCGGACGAUGUGGAGUGUGUUAUUGAGGACGCUGUUUCCAUCAGUACGGAUGUCGUGGAAGAGGUAGACGAGUCGGAGCUCUCUCGACUUCGGUUGCAUUCACCCAAAGAAACGCCUUCAUCUGAGAAGAAAGAAGUGGAUCAGAAGUCGAACUCUUCACAGGAGUCCCGGGACAAAGAGAAAGAAGAAAUCACUCGGCGCUUAUCGCUGGAGCUUCCAUCGACAUCGAAAGCAGAUGACGCGCAGAGUCUUGGACGGGUUUCACCUGAUUCUAAAGAAGAUGACACAACUCCGACACAAGGAGUAGCUUCAGUGACGGUCACUAUUGAAAGCAGAACAGUGGACGCACCAAUAGAAGGGUCGAAGUCACUCAGCGACAUUGAGGAGAAGUCAUCUAGUGACUCAGAAGCCCCGGAAGCGGACGCGAAUCAAAAAGACGUGGUCGUUACUUAUUCACAAGAAGAAGUGGUUGUGGAGAUCACUCCCACCGCACAGAAACCAUUCGAUCCUGUAUCGACUCCAUCGAAAUCCAUAAUGUAUGCGGACACUUCUUCCGAGGAAGAUAGUGACGAAGAAGAGGAACAUGAGAUCAUGCCACCAGUGCAAAGAUCGCAGAAGAUAAUGAAUUUUGAUAAAAUCCAUGAUGGGCCUACGGUGAAUGGAAGGCUUACGAGCGGUUCGACAAUCGCAUCGAACCCUUUUGAUGAUUCCAGUUCUGAAGAUGAGGAGCAGAGUCGGAAACAUGAUAUCACGUCGUCGAAGGAAGUGACAGUGACGAGGAUUGUGGUCAGGGAUGAUGGUAGACCAGAUGAGCUUACCUCUGGAUCGGUGAAGUUGUCACUUGACGGCAGAGAGGCAAUUACCGAUGAAGAGUUUUCUGAGAAGCUUAUCUGA